CCCACCCCCAAAAACAGUGGAGCCGUUUCUCUAACGCAUGCCACUGUAGAUGCAACCUUAGCUUCAAAUGAGUUAGUAUUCAUCAACUUCUAUGCAGACUGGUGCCGGUUCAGCAACCUGUUGGCGCCAAUAUUCGAUGAGGCUGCAGACAAGGUUGCGGAGGAGUUCCCCAACGCUGGUCAAGUCGUCAUGGGAAAAGUAGACUGUGAUAAAGAAAGUGAUAUAGCAUCAAGAUUCCAUAUAACCAAGUAUCCAACAUUAAAAGUGAUACGAAACGGACAACCAGCCAAGCGAGAAUACAGAGGUCAGCGCUCUACAGAAGCUUUUGUGGACUUCAUCAAGAAGCAGCUGGAAGACCCUAUCAAGGAAUUCCAUGACUUGAAUGAGCUGAAAAAUUUGGAUUCCAAGAAGAGGAUAAUCAUUGGCUUCUUCGAUAGAAAAGAUGUCCCCGAGUACACGACGUUCAGGAGAGUAGCCACAAAUCUUAAAGACGAUUGUCAGUUCCACGUCGGGUUCGGGGACGUGGUGCGGCAGAUGCACCCACCAGGGCAGCCGAUUGUUGUGUUUCGGCCGGAUGUGGCUCUAUCCAACGAGCGCGACGAGACUUUCAACAAUUCCCUCCUCAGUUACGACGAGACCAACGUGUGGAUGUCGGAGAAGUGUGUGCCUCUCGUGCGUGAGAUCACAUUCGAGAACGCUGAGGAAUUGACGGAGGAAGGCCUUCCAUUCCUGAUACUCUUCCACAAACCAAACGACGCUGACACCGUCAAACGCUUCAAGGACAUCUGCCAGAUGUUGGCAGCGGAGAAACAAAAUAUCAAUUUCUUAACGGCUGACGGAGUGAAGUUCGCCCACCCGCUGCAUCAUUUGGGAAAGUCCCAAGACGAUCUGCCGCUGAUUGCUAUUGACAGUUUCCGCCACAUGUACAUGUUCCCGGACAUCCGGAAUAUGGACAAGCCCGGAGUGUUGUUGAGCUUCAUCAAGGACCUGUACUCGGGCAAGUUGCACAGAGAGUUCCACUACGGUCCUGAUACCAACGAGGUGUUACAAGUGGAGGGGAAAGUGGGGGGCCUGCCCUCGACCACGCCUCCCGAGUCCACGUUCAAGAAACUCGGCCCGUCCAAGAACAGAUACACGCUGUUGCGCGACGAACUGUGAACGCUCCCCACACAUCACCUCACUCGGACACUACUGUCUACUGUGUUCGUCACACCUUUCUGUACAUACCUUCCCUUUGUGUUUUAUGUAUCGUGUGUUUUCACCAAGAGUGUUGGUAACUGUGUAAAACCGUGAGGCUGUGUAUUGGUUGGAUGCUGUGUAUUAUUUGUAGUUAAGUUCCCGAGCGCUAAAUAUUUCAGCCCUAUUCCGACUCUAUUUUAGAUUCCACAUCGGUUUUGAGAUGACUUAUUCGUACCAUGCAAUCAUACUAGUUGCGGAUUAUUCAUAAUAACAAUUUUUUUUUGUUUCACAGCUCCUCUUUGCUAUAAUUAAAAUAAACCAAUCCCUUGUAAAAAAUGAAUAUUCUAAUACCUAAUGUUUUACAAACCGAGUAAUAUAUUAAAUCAUAAACAUAAAUCACAAAUAAUAAAAGUGUUUGUACAUAAAUACUGAAAAUUUGUACUCGUAUUUUUUCUAUUUAAGUUCAAUGUACACAAAAUGUAUAAGUAGUUUUCUGAAUAUAAUUAAUACUAAUUGACAUUGUAGUGCAAUGCAACCUGAAUCUCACUAAUUUCUCUCUUCGCUUUUAAUAUUUUUGUUUCCCUUUGAGCAUAAAACUCGAAAUUACUUCACUAUUUGAAACUAUAACUUUUAUUCACUACAACUAAUUGUUAAAAUCGAUAAAAAACCAUUAACAGAUAAUGAGUCUUGAUCUAAUAGGUCUUGGUGAAAACAUAACUUAUAAUUUGUGUUUGUGUCGGAAUACUAAACUAUAUAAAACCUUUCUGUCUAAUUUUAUCAGUGUUUAUAUUAUUUUAACUGUUUAAAAGUUUCAGUUGUCGUAUUAGUAGGUAUUUGUUAGGACUUUUGUCAACUUAAAGGAUUUAUUUGAUCUACUUAGUAAAUGUUCAAAAGCCAUGUUAGGUAAUGAGUAAAUGUAUUUUUUUUAUUUUGCCAUUUAAAUAGUAAAGUCUUAAGUAUAUUUUAUUUAAUGUUGAAUAUGGUUUUUGAUCUCUUAGUUCUUUUCCUCAAAAUUGAUUUGUUGUUGUGUACAAAUUAGCAUCAUUUAUAGAUUGUAGUGUUGAUAAGUUAAGGUUAUAAUUAAAAUUACCCGUGCAGGAUAAUGUACCAAGGGUAUUGUAUGGUAAAUUUAAUGUCAUAAUAAAUUGGGAUUUUUGUCCAAAUUGAUUAGCAAACAUCCUUGUUUAUUGUUAUACUGUAAAAUACAACUAGAUAACAAACAAUGGAAAUAUUAAGUUUGAACUAUUGAAAACUUCUGUCUUUCCCAACAGUUUAAAAAUAUUAUUUUGUAGUUUCAUAUAUAAGGUACAGUGGUAAAAAAAAAACAUUGAAUUAGAAGGAAUAGGAAAUUCUAUAGUUUUUAAUAAACCUCUAUAAGUAUAAAGUAUCAAACGUCUUUUGUUUGUUAAAUGUAAAGUUUUAAGGUUUUUAAUGUUUCACUGAAAAUACCAAGGUCAUAAAUGCUUACUCCAUUUUGAGAUAAUGGUGUUGUUGAAAUUCAAUAGUUAAAUGUUAAGAUUUAAUUAUGGUUUAUCCAAAUAAAAACGCAUUUAUAAUUAAAAAUUGUUUGAUUUUUUAAAGCGAUUGUACAACAGGAAUAUCAUAUCAGGAAAUACAAAAAUUAAAGAUUUUCAAAUGAUUCAUGUAACCAUAAUAUCCAUGUUGAAAUGAUACAAUUCUUGCAUAAACAAGUGUGUGGAAUAAAUAUAUGUCUUAUAUGUACAGUUUUUAAUUUUUGUAACGUAGUAUAUUCUAAUUUGAAAUGGGUUGUAUUUUUAUUUUGCACCUUUACCUUGAGUAUUAAUUCACUGGUGGUUUGGUUUGUCCUAUUUUUUAGUACACAUGUUUAAAUUUCCCUCAAACCAUACUGUUAAGUUUUUAUUAUAGUUUUAAAAAUUGGGCUAUAGUUAUUUAUUAGUACAAGAUAUAAUAUAGAUCUACUAACUAAUCAUGCGUGAGGUUCCCAUAAGCUGGUCUGUUGGUAUUGAUGCAGUUUUUAAGCUGUACUGGUUUACGAGGGGGUAUCUCACUCCAACCAUUUGUUUGAAAAUUAAUAUUUUAUAUUUUGGUCUGUAAUGUAUGUCAUGAUUAGACAACAUUUGUAUUGUUUCAUGUGACCAUCUUAGGAUUUUGUUUUUAUAUGGACAAUUUUCAGAACUUAGAGUCUUUCAUUGCAAAUCUAAGUAUAGUUAAAAUAAGUUUAAAGGCUUAAGCACUCUCGCAAGUGUUUACUCACAGACCUAAGCACUUUCGUGUGUGCACUCACAGACCUAAGCGCUCUUUCCUGUGCUCUCACAGACCCAAGCACUUUCGUGUGUGCACUCACAGAUCUAAGCGCUCUUUUGUCUGCUCUCACAGGCAUAAGCACUUUCGUGUGUGCACCCACAGACCUAAGCGCUCUUUUGUGUGCUCUCACAGAGAUAAGCACUUUCGUGUGUGCACUCACAGACCUAAGUGCUCCUUCGUGUGCUCUCACAGACAUAAGCACUUUCGUGUGUGCACUCACAGAUCUAAGCGCUCUUUUGUAUGCUCUUACAGACAUAAGCACUUUCGUGUGUUCACUCACAGACCUAAGCGCUCUUUCCUGUGUUCUCACAGACCUAAGCACUUUCGUGUGUGCACUCACAGAUAUAAGCACUCGUGUGUGCACUCACAGAUCUAAGCGCUCUUGUGUGCUCUCACAGGCAUGACCACUUUCGUGUGUGCACUCACAGACCUAAGCGCUCUUUUGUGUGCACUCACAGAUCUAAGCGCUCCUUUGUGUGCUCUCACAGACCUAAGCACUCUCGCGUGUGCACUCACAGACAUAAACAUUCUCGUGUGUGUUCUCACAGAUAUAAGCACUCUCGUGUGUGCACUCACAGAAUUAAGCGCUCUUUCAUGUGCUCUCACAGAUAUAAGCACAUUCGUGAAUGCACUCACAGACCUAAGUGCUCUUUCGUGUGUUCUCACAGAUAUAAGCACUCUUGUGUGUGCACUCACAGAAUUAAGCGCUCUUUCGUGUGCUCUCAUAAACCAAAGUGCUCUCACAUGUGAACUCACAGACCUAAGAUGUCUCGCAUGCGCACUCGCUGAUCUAAGCACUCACAUUAGGCUGUUCUGUGCAGUGAUUCUAUUUGUUAAUCCUUAUUAAAUUAUUGUAUUACAUAUUUGUAAUCUUCAUACCAAAAUAAGAAAAUGAGUUGAAAUUUGUUCCACUUAAUUGAUAAUGCGUUACCAAAGGUUGAAAAUUUACCUAAACAUAUUUCUAACGAAAACCACCAAGUGGCCUAAGGGCUAAUUUUAGAUUUACAUGAAAAGACCUGUGUACCAAAGAUACUAUAAGGUAACAGGCAGUGAUGAGACCUGAUUUAUCACAGACCAUAAUAAUACCUGAUUGGUCGUUGACGACAUCGAUGGAUUUAGAUGAUUGGAUAUCGGAUAUUUGCCAUUGUUAUACGUUGAAAAACGUUUGUAACAUAUAAUGAUUGGAAAUGUUUGUGAUACUAUCAUCGUUCCAAAUCAUCCCAUCAUCAAUACCAGACUGUAAUAAAAAAUACAGUUUCGUCAAAUCUAUCGUGGAAGUUAGUGAUGACUUUUAAAUUGGGAAUUUGUUGAAAUCUUAAUAAGCAUAAUCGUUUUAAAUGAUUGAUUAAUUGUAUUUAAAAUGGUACAGUUCAGUAAUUUAUCAAACGUUGCAAUGUGAGAUAGAUGGUGGGUGGAUGUGGUUGAAGUCAUAAAGUUAAUAUUUUGGCUUUUUGCGUGACAAUAGCCUAUAUUGUUGAGCAUAAUCUGGAUAUUUAAAACCAAUUAUUUACUAAUUUAAUAAUAUUCCGAGGUGAUGGGGAGGGGGUGAAUGAUUAUGUGUACAAGGUUUUAGUAAAACAAUCACUAAGUUGAUUGUCCUUGUUCAGCAGAUAUUGCACCCUGCGAUUUUCCUUUUUCACAAGAUAUAUAAUUGGUUAUUUAGUAGAUAAGAUGAUAACUGCUCUGUCCAUGUCAACAGGCAGGAAAAUGAAAAUUAUCACGCAUGGAACAAUUUGCACAUAUCAACAGUUUGACUGAUACGGAUUAUUAUACGUCAACAUGAAAGCCAAUGGGUGUGAGAACAGCUGCCAUAAUAUCCAAUUAUUUUACAUAGUUAUUGAACAGAACAAACAAAGAGCCUCUGUUACCUUGAUUUAAUUAGAGGUGUUUACAAUUUUAGUCUAAAUGUUAUUAUAAACGUACAAAACAUAUUUUUUACGUAAUUUUAGUAACCUGAUUCUUUUUUCACAUAACUAUGUUUGUGGUAAAAAACCUAUAGUGUUUUUUCUGUGACCUAAAUUUUAAAAUGGUUACUUAAACCACAAAAAAUUGUGGACUGAAAUGAUGAAAAUUAUUGAGAUGUUUUUAUUUUAUUUUAGUCAAUUGUAGUGGGUUAUGUUUUUCAAAUCUAUUCUUAUUAACAACUUAUAUCCACCAUGUAUGUUAUUCACUAGCAUUAAAUCACCAUAGAAUAUUUCACACAUUUAUAAGCAUAGUUUUUACAGAAGUUAGGGAAUUACAAGAAAAACAUACAUUGCUCAGUGAGGCGUUAAAAAAAUUGUAUUUUGAAAUUAGUAUGCAAAUAAUUUUAAAUCGUAAUACCAUAGUGUCAUCUAUGUUAGGAGUUUCUAGUUAUUAUUUGUUUAAUAAUUUAAAGUAAAAGUCAAAAGUUUAUAAUUUUCUAGUACUACCAUCCAAAUUCAAAUUGAGUAACAGCAAUAAAGUACUUGAACUUUACCAAGCCUCGUUAAAAUUAGUAAGCUACAAUUAAUUAGACUUCUCAGUGGACAAAAGACGGCUCUACUGUAAAACCAAUUUUUUUAUUUCAGUUUAAAAUUAAAUGUAGCAACAUUAAAAGAAAAAAUACAAACAGAUUAUAAACACUAGGACAGUAAAUCUAUUUAGCGAGUAGUAAAGUUUAAAAUUCUGCAGAGACAAUUGUGCAAAAUAACAGAACACCCGAUAUUACAAACCGUACGUUUGGAAACGGAAUAUGACACGUAAAAGUAGAAACUAUAUUUAAAAUACAUAAAAGUGAUUAAAUCCAACAAAACUUGCCUGCUAACUACGGAAAUGGUAAGUAAACCCAAUUAUUAAACAGAAGGAUGGAAGGCCGAGCUUGUGUCCGUAGACGCCACGAGCUCGGUGGCAAAUAAUGCAAUCGUCCAGUUGACAUUUUUUGUUAGCCCCACAAACAAUGUGACAAAUGGUCAGAUCUCGGCAUCUGAUCAUUACAUCGCAAUUACAUCAGUGAACAUACAAAAUAGCUACACAAAAAAAUAGCAUAUACAAAAUACUGAAUGGAACUUUAAAAUACAUUGUGAUUCUGAGUCAAAUUACGGUUAUGUGUCCUUAGCUCGUUAACAUUGAAUACAAAUAUUUAGCUGAGUAUUAUUGGCUGAAAACUGAACUAUAGAUGAAUAUUAAGAUAAAAAUCUAGAUAUAGAUGAACAAAUAGUGGGAGGUAAUAAUAACAAGUCAUUUGUUACAACAUGACUUUCCAGUUCAAAUAGUACUGUGAUUAUAGUAAGAGAUGUCUGUACUGGCUACCAUUUUGGUUUUAGCCGCAAUACAACGAUGUUAAACCUCAAAUACGUUUACUCAUUUAUUUAUGAUCGUAGAAUGAUGGGAGACUUCUCAUUUUAAAGAUAUAAUGAAUGCACAUCCAAACGUUGUUUAAAUUUAAAUUAUUUGUAUUUAUAUGGUUACAAAAAACAUACACUUAUAACAAAACUGAAGCAUUUUGGAUGCGUAUCAACUGUAUCUAUAAGAUGAGACUUUUAUUAUCCCGAGACCAAAAAUAAAGUUUUAACGUUGUUCUUAUGGAGGUUACGAUUUACAAGAUCAAAAGUGUAAAAACAAGGAUGAGGCACGAGUUUAAAAUUACAUUUGUAGAUGUCGGGUAAAUACAUGCAGGAUGCAGAGAUACACACACAAAAACGCUCGUCACAGAUUAUACAGAAAUUAAAGUUGAUGUGUGACAUGACACAGACUUGUGUAAGUGUUAAAUGCCGUGGUUUAAGAGGGUUACAAAAUGGUGAACUUUAAAGAUGAGAAGGAAUUACGAUUUGAUUAUGAAAUUGAUUUAUUAUUCUGAUACAUCUGUUCAUUUAAUUUAUGUGUCACCUCAAUAUUUGCACAGUCACUAAGAACAUUUAUGUAUAUAAUGUUUUAACAUUGAAUAAUUUAUACCAUUUAAUUUUUGUCUUCAGUCAAUCCAUGAUAUUUUUUGUACCAGCAAUUUUACAUACACAACUUGUACAUUGUUGUUUAAUUUUGUAAUAAUAAUAGUAAUAUACUUAAAGCGACAUAAUAACUAUUCUCUUUCCCUUGUUUCAUUAAGGUAAUGAAUAGUGUUUUGUGUGAUAUUGUAUAAUGAGUCCCAACUGUAUAGACUUGUUAAUGUAUUUAUUAUUGUGUUAGUUAGCUCAGUUGAUACCAAUAACAAGGCUCUAAUGGUAAAACAUUGACUAGUUUAAAUAUAUUUUUAAUUAACUGAUCCGUAAUAAUACAUAUUUAAAUGAAAGUUUGACUACACAAAAUACAUUUGGGAAACUUGUAUUAAUAGGUAAAUUUGCAUUGUAAAGAAUAAAUAAACUUGAUUUUUUACUA